GUGGCUACACACAUACGACAUUAAAAUAUAGAGUGAGCCACACGCCGAUUGCGACAGGUUAGAAAUCGCCACUUCCUCUUUAGGGAGCUGUUACUUAACCGAGGACUUGACAAACUGAGGCGCAACAGGAAUGUGAUCUUAAACACCAGCCAAAAAAUGCGGGUAAUCCCCCAACUGUGCUGCACACAAACUUCUGUUAAAGCGUUUUUUCUGAAACAGGGACAAAAAGAGAAACCUCCUCCUUUCCCCUCGCAUGGCCUGUUCUUUUCCUAGUUCCUCGCAUCUACAGGCAGCUUCAGGUUGUUCAUCCCUGCCCUCGACAGCAAAACACAGUUGUGGGGCCACAGGAGGUCUGCAGGAUGCAGUGGGAGGGAGAUGCCACGCUGCUCCCUCCUCUGACCGCCACAGCAGUCAUUGCCAUCAGGCCUGGUGACCCAUCUGGUGUAGUAAUUUCGCCUAUUCUUGCCCAGUUCUCGUGGGAAAUAAGAUCAGCACAGCCCUGUCCUUUAAUCUCUUUCUUUCCUUCUCCACUGCGGGGCUGCUGCCAUGUCCUGAGCUGCUGUCCCGUGAUGCAAAGAGAUCGUCCCUGAUGCACAGCUCCCUUGUCAGCGUCUCUCCCACCCAGUGCGUCCCUCUUUCUUUUUAAAGAAGACCUAUGGACAUUCUGGAUCUUGUCUAGUACGGACCAAAUGAAUGUGGAUUCUUCAAACUGUACUUUAAAAAUCAGCUUGCAGCACUAGAAAAAAGAUAAUAAAGCCAGAUGCUAAUCUUUGCAUCAAUCAGGUCACUCUAUGCCAGGAGCUCAUUUGCCUUGCAAAUACUCUAUUGUUGCAUGCCGGGUCCCUCCCUACAUGCUUAAAUUAUUAACUCCACCCCAAAAAAGAACUUUUGCUGAAACUGCUGGAGGAGAGACGGAUUCUGCCCCUGAAACCAUGGGGCCUGUCAGCUACUCAUCAGAGACCUAUGACUUGAGCCAGGUGGAGCUAAGCGGUUACUAUGAAGCUGAGAACACCACCCCUUCUUUGGAGGGCUACUUCUGCUUCAACCCAGCCUCAUCUGUGGUCGGCAACCAGAGAGACCCCUUCAGAAAGGUCUUCAUGCCCCUCAUCUACUUACUGAUGUUUGUGCUGGGGACAGUGGGAAAUGCCCUGGUUCUGGUCAUUUUAGAGAGGUUCAAGCGGUCUCGCACUACCACAGAAACCUUCCUGUUCCACCUCACCCUGGCCAACCUGGCACUGUUGCUCACCUUCCCCUUCAGUGUGGUGGAGAGCUUGGCUGGGUGGGUAUUUGGGAAGUUCCUCUGCAAGAUCCUCAGUGCUGUCCACAAGAUCAACUUCUACUGCAGCAGCAUGCUGCUUGGGUGCAUCGCUGUGGAUCGCUACCUGGCCAUCGUCUACGCAAUCCACACCUACCGCAAGCGCAGAGCCCGCUCCAUCCACCUCACCUGCGUGGUUGUCUGGCUCUGCUCGCUGCUCUUGACCCUACCUGAUCUCAUCUUCAUGGAAGUCUGGACGGAUGACAGCAACCGCAGCAUCUGCUAUUUUCCAGAGGUCGGGAUUGAUGGCAACAACGCUUGGCUGGCAACCCGCUUCCUCUACCACGCCGUGGGCUUCUUCAUGCCCCUGCUGGUCAUGUGUUACUGCUACAUAGCCAUCGUCCGGGCCCUGUGUCAGUCCCAGCGCCUGCAGAGGCAGAAGGCUGUCCGUGUGGCCAUCCUGGUCACGGGUGUCUUCCUGCUCUGCUGGAGCCCAUACCACAUCGUCAUUUUCCUGAACACGCUUACCAAGCUAGAAGCCUUCACCAAGAACUGCCUCCUGGAAGACCAGCUGGAUACGGCCAUCAUGGUGACAGAGGCCAUCGGCUUCACGCACUGCUGCCUAAACCCCAUCCUCUACGCCUUCGUUGGAGUCAAGUUCCGUAACGACUUCUUCCGGAUCCUGCAGGAGCUUGGCUGCAUAAGCCAUGAGACCCUGCAGGAGAUCCUGGAGGUGACGAGGAAGGGCAGCGGGAUCGAGUCUGACAACACGACCUCUAUCUCCACUUUCUAGCUGGGAAAAGCUGCCUGCAGGGCAGAAUCGCCUGGGGCUUGCCUUCCCAGUGGCACAUGUGGCCUCAGUCCCAAGUUUCACAAGCGUCCCACCUCUUUCUUCAGUCCUCAGGAAACUGAAGUCCAACAGCCACCUGACACCCAAAUCUCACCAGAUACUGUUCCCUGGCUCCUCCUGGUUCUCAUGCCUGUAGAAAUCCAUCUGGCAGCUGUCGGUGAACAGUGGCUGUCCAGUGGUCGCUCUGGCAGGGCCAGAUGAACCCGAGUGGGUUGAACCUGACGUUUCCGCCUCUCCCUCACAAAACUGACUGCAGGCGUCCUGUGCCUGGAGCCAGGCACAAGGCUGGGGUGCUAGAGGGAAGUAAAGAAGUGCAGCCAAGUCAAUGGACUGAGGACAAAAGCUAAGCGGGCCUCCACUUCACUGGCUAGGGUUGGUAGAGACAUGCCCGAAGGAGGCAGUGGGACUCGCUGGCCACGGCAACUGGAACAAGACGUGGGGAAUGCAGAACUCACUCCAAUGACACAGGUACACAGUGCUCUGCCAUUCACCAUUUAAGCAAAGUGGGAACAACGUCAGUUGUCUUGCAGCAGGAAUUUUGUGUGAAACUCAGUUCUGAAGUUCAACCCACUAACAAAGGGCUUGGCUGCAGCUGAACUUCCCUGUACCCAAGGGCCCUGCUAAAAAGACCAGUCGUUACGGAAGGGGUCACGUCACAUCAGUCCAGCUCAGGCAGAGAUCUCAAUAGCUCGUUCUCAACUUGUGACUCAAGGAGAAAACUCCCCAAGCAUAAGGCUUUUACACAAAGAGCCCUCCACCAUUUCCUGCAGCGCUGCAUCUUCAAAGCCAAAACCUGCAGAUAAUGGCAACUGUAGUUACCCAAGCAUGUAUGCGCAGCAGCAGCAGCAGAGCAGCUCUCUGAAGCCUGCCCUGGCUGUCUAGGUCCACAGUCCUACCCAUGAGCAAACCCAUUGCAGACACAUUAUAAACACCUCCCCAGCCCCGGUUCUGAUGGAACUGUAUUUCUACACAAAAAUGUUACUGACAAAAUGAACGGUCAGAGUGUCAAAUUAUCACAGUGUUCACGAGGUAACAAGGAAAUCUGCAGUCAAAGUAAGAGUGAACAGAUUACACAUCUAUUCUUACUAUACUUUUUAGUACUGUUAUCUUGGAAAAUUUUUAGAAAGUUUUGAGGUGGGCUGUAAUAAGCAGUUAAAUAAAAUAUCCUCUUCUCAUGUA